UUCACUAAUUUGAUCUAUCAUAUUUUUAGGUGAGAUACUGUAUGAAAUUGGCAAUCUUCAUAGUCUUGAGCUGUUGAAUCUUGCACAAAACCACCUAGUUGGCCCUGUCCCAGCUACUAUAUUCAACAUUUCAACAAUGCAAAUACUUUCAUUGUACAGCAAUCAACUCUCCGGAAUUAUUCCAUCAAUUGCAGAGCUUCCAAACCUUGAGGGUCUUUACUUGUGGGGAAAUAAUUUCACUGGGCCAUUUCCCAAUUUCAUCACCAAUGCUUCCAAGCUCUCCAUUAUAGAUAUCGCAGAAAACUCAUUCUCAGGCUUUAUUCCUGACACAAUUGGUAAUUUAAAAAAUCUUGAAAGAUUUAAUUUACAACAUAAUUACUUCACAUCUACUCCUGAUCUAAGCUUUCUUUCCAAUUUGACAAAUUGCAAGACUUUAAGAUAUCUAAGCUUAAGCGGAAAUCCACUAAAUAGCAUGCUUCCAGGUUCCAUAGGGAAUCUUUCUUUUUCUUUGGAACAUUUUUGGAUAGAUGAUUGCAACAUUAGUGGCAAACUUCCCAAAGAAAUUGGAAACUUGAAAAACUUGAUAGGUCUAGAAUUACAAGAUAAUGAAUUGAUUGGACCAGUUCCAGUUACCUUGGUUGGAUUGCAGAAUCUCCAAGGUUUGUAUCUUCAAAAUAAUAAAUUUGAAGGACUCAUCCCAGAUAUACUUUGUCAUUUACAUGAAUUGGAUGAGUUGAAUUUUAUGGGAAACAAGUUCAAUGGAGCCAUACCUACAUGUAUUGGCAAUCUCACUGCACUAAGAAAAUUGUUUUUAGGUUCAAAUAGGUUAACUUCUUUAAUACCCUCAACUUUGUGGAGCCUAUAGGAUCUCUUGUACUUAGAUUUUUCAUCAAAUUUUCUUGACGGGUAUCUUCCAUUAGAUAGUGGAAACCUUAAGGUUACAAUAGCUAUAGAUUUGUCAAGGAAUCUAUUUUCAGGAGAGAUUUCAAUUACUAUUGGAAGCCUAGAAAAUCUACAAUCUCUCUCCUUGGGAUACAACAGAUUGCAAGGCUCCAUUCCUGAAACAUUUGGCAACAUGAAAAGCCUGGAAUUAUUGGAUUUGUCUGGAAACAACCUUUCUGGUGUGAUUCCUAAGUCUUUGGAGGAUCUCAUGUACGUCAAAUAUCUAAAUUUAUCUUUCAACCAACUAAGUGGGGAAAUUCCUAGAGGAGGGUCCUUCAAAAAUUUCUCAGCUGAAUCGUUUAUGGGGAAUCUUGCAUUGUGUGGGCCUCCUCAACUACAAGUUCCACCAUGCAAAAGAAACACUCAUGGAAAAUCAAGGACUAAAAAGGUUUUCCUGUUGAUUCUUUUGCCAAUGUGCAUUGUAGUCUCAUUAGUUGUCCUAGUUCUUAUGUCUUUGUUGAUCCAAAAAAGGAGAACAAGGCCAACUACCAAUGUUGAUUUUUGUCCUGGAGGAACAUGGAGAAAAAUUUCUUAUCAGGAACUUGUGAGAGCAACGGAUGGAUUUAGUGAGAACAACCUACUUGGCAAAGGAAGUUACGGUUCAGUUUACAAAGGAAGAUUAGAUGAGGGAAUGGAGGUUGCAGUAAAAGUAUUCCACUUGGAUUUUGAAGGAGCUCUUACAAGUUUUGAAACUGAAUGUGAAGUGAUAAGAGGUGUUCGUCAUCGAAAUUUUGUCAAAAUCAUCAGCAGCUAUUCAAAUGAUGAUUUUAAAUCUUUGAUACUUGAAUACAUGCCUAAUGGGAGCCUGGAGAAAUUGUUGUUUUAUGAGAAGAAUGUUUUGGACAUUUCUCAUAGAUUGAAUAUAAUGAUCGAUGUUGCUUUAGCUUUGGAAUAUCUUCACUUUGGCUAUUCAAUCCCAAUCAUUCAUUGUGACGUAAAGCCAAGCAAUGUUCUACUAGACAAACAUAUGGUCGCACAUUUGAGUGAUUUUGGUAUUGCAAAGCUCUUAGGUGAAGAAAACUCCAUGACACAAACAAAGACCCUUGCCACCAUUGGUUAUAUGGCACCAGCAAUAAAAGUGUACAUGUAUAAAAACUGUGAUCAGAAUAUGGGAGAGAAGGAAAGGUAUCUAGACAAGGAGAUGUGUACAGCUAUGGUGUCAUGCUAAUGGAAACAUUUACCAAGAAGAAGCCAACAAAUGAAAUGUUUACAGAAGAAAUGAACUUAAGGAGGUGGGUUAGUGAAUCAUUAUGCAACACAGUGAUGCAAGGCGUGGACACAGAUUUGCUUACAAGGGAUGAUGAACAUUUCUCAAGCAAGGAAGAAUGUGUGUCAUGUAUCUUAAGCUUGGCUAUGGAGUGUACAAAAGAAUCACCUCUGGAUAGGAUCACCAUGAAAGAAGUAGUGACAAGACUCAUGAAAACCAGAACCCAACUUGCAGAAAUCGAAACAAGAAAAGACAAAUGGGUUUUGAAUUUAGGCUAACUUCUUUCUAUUUUCAAUGAGAAUAAAGUUGUAAUCUAGGUGAUCAGCCACAUAUCUUUAGACCUUUCUUUUGUCUAUGUUAUGUUAUUUAACUAUAGAUAAUUGCUUUUGAUUUGCAGAUAGGAAUGGAAGAACUAGCUAGCCAAUGUCCUAUCAAUGAGACAGCCUGAGUUUGGCAACUAACUACCUUUGUCAUGAGUUUGAUGACAAGUAUAUGCAUGUUAUAAGGUCAAGUUUGAUUAAAAAGAAGUUCUUGUAAUGAAUUUUUAAAUUUGAUGGAUCUUAAUGUAAUCAUGAUAAAGUAUAGGGGUUUUGAAAUUUUCCUAUUUUCACUAGAGAUGAAUUAUAGUAUCUAUUAUAAUUAUUAGUUUGACACUUAAAUAUACAUAUAUAUACAUUUAGAGAACCAACAUAAAGAUCAACACAAUCACGAUCAGACAACACUUCCAACCUAUCCUACAGAGAGCCCACUGGAUCCACACACUUCACUUACACAACAAUCCUCUAUGGCUUGGAAGCCACAGAAACACCAACGCCUUCACACACCAGGCAGCCAAGAAAUCCACCAGAAGAGCCCACCAGAAACCAAAAAGAGCAGCUUGCAAAAAUUGCAGAAGGUACAAGUGGAAGGACAGAUGCAGCAGCCGAAACAAACAGAACCAGGGAUGGGAGCUCCAGCAAGAACAGAGCAGAAAACAUCAGGAUAGCACAGCAACGGGUAUGGAGGACACCAACUCAGACAGCGAAGCUGAACUAGGCACAGGACAGCAAACCACCAGGUGGAACCACAACCAAGAACCAUCCACGCAAAACACUGCUGGAACGCUGCAGGACAGACAAGAAAGACUCCAGGAGAGAAAGGAUAGGAAGGUGCCAGCAGAACUGGCAGCUAAGAACACAAAUUCGGCAGCAGUAAGGCAGACAAAGGCCAACAUAUCCAAUGAACUCCAAUGCAGGAGAAAACCAACAGGGGAGAGGGAUGCAGGGAUCAGCGACUCCAGAGAAGGAGAAAGGCAAAAGAACAUGAGAGAAUUCCAGCACUAAAGCAGCCGCAGAGAGCCAACCCGAGCCAAAAUAGACCAGUAGCAUAACGGCGCCUCCACAGGGCCCAAGAACACAUUGGAAGAAGCUCGGCCGAUGCAGAGGAGAACCGCAGAGAGCCAGAGACCACCAGGGAGUUACAGAGAAAAGGCUGAAAACACACCAUGAGAUGGAAACAGGCCGGAAACAGAGAACGCAGGGAUGAAGAAGCCAUAAAAAGUCCAGCAGCAGAAGAGAUGAGGCGGUGGAGAGGGACAUUCAUUCAAAAAGACCAGAGCAACCCGCACCAAACCACCCAAGUUGGAACCAGCAAAAGGAAAAGAGAAGCACCUGCAAAAAAAUACCCUGUUAGCAAAAAGGCUGCCACCUCCAAAGAGCCGAAGCCUCAACACUUGAAGAUGCAGUUCAGCAGGCCCCAAUUUCAAGCGAUGGCUUUAUUGGCAAUCGGAGGUGGGAAGUUUGAGAGGUCAGCCCCUCUAUCUCCAACUAGCCUCCUGAUCCUUUCCACAAUUCUCAUCAGCGAGCAGGGCCCCGUUCACUAACCAUACAACAUGAGAUGUGUUCAUGCGCUUUAUUGACGAAGUAGUUGUCAGUUCAAGCAAUAAAAGUUUUUGGUAAAGAGCUUUUGAAAAAUA